ACGGAGCCCCCGCCCGCCGGUGGCUCUCGUCCUCAUCCUCCCGCCUCUUUAAUGGCACCCAGGAGAAGAAGAUCGACACCAAGCUGCGCGUCAUGGGGCUGCCGGUGGACGACUCGGAGGCGCCCCGGCCAUACGUCGUGGAGGACUGCCGCGGCGUGCUGCAGCUGCUGAGCGACGGGACCAUCGUCCGGUCCUCGGCCGCGGCCUACACGGUGGAGGACCGUGACGACGGGCGCGUGGAGUGGAGGGACGCCGUGUACGACUCAGCCCGUGGCCUCGGCGUGCGCAUGUACAGGCCGCGCCUGCGAGAAGGGAAGGGGCGGCGCCUGCCUGUGCUGGCCUACUUCCACGGCGGCGGCUUCUGCAUCGGCAGCUACGCCUGGCCCGGCUGCCACGCCUGCUGCCUCCGCUUCGCCGACGAGCUUCCCGCCAUCGUGCUCUCCUUCGACUACAGCCUCGCGCCGGAGCACCGCAUCCCGGCAGCCCACGAGGACGCCGCCACCGCCCUCCUCUGGCUCCGCGACCGGCUAGUCGACGAUGCCGAUGACGGCGACGACGUCCACGCCUGGCUCGCCGGCGCCGGCGCCGAUCCGGGGAGGCUGUUCGUGUCCGGCGACUCCGCCGGCGGUAACAUGACGCACCACGUGGCCACGCGGUUCAAGGCGGAGGGGCUCAGCCCGGCCAGGAUAUCCGGGUACGUCCUGCUCAUCCCGGCGUUCGACUCCAAGACGCCGACCCAGUCCGAGCUGCUCUCUGCAGGCACCGCAGUCCUGAGCCGCGAGGUUGCCGAGCGGUACAGCCGGCUCGCUCUGCCGGUGGGCGCCACCAAGGACCACCCGAUGCUGAACCCGCUCGGGCCGGACAGCCCGGGCCUGGAAGCCGUCGGCGGCCGCAUGCUCGUCGUCGUCGGCGGCGACGACAUGCUCAAGGACAACCAGGUGCGGUACGUGGAGCAGAUGAAGGCUGUGGGUAACGACGUGGAGCUCGUCGUGUUCGCCGGCAAGGAGCACGGCUUCUUCUCCAGGAGCCCGUGGUCGGAGACGGGCACCGAGGUCGUCCGAGCCGUCGGGCGGUUCAUGCACAGAGACGCUGCCGAUUCUCAUGAUAUUAAUUAAUGUGUUGUACUAAUAUUAUUGUAAUGUAAUCUCGGCCAGGACCAUGAGUGGCAGUCUGGCAGAUCGAGCGGGCCGAGGAUUGCAGGCGCCAGGCAACCACCCA